AUGAAGAGCCACGAGAGAAGCGACAAGCUCGAGAAUCAAGUCUUCUAUCACGGCAUUCGGAACAGGGAAGAUGUCAUGUAAGUGUUCCACACUAUGCUUGUGUGAUAACCGAAGUUACUAAUAUGACAUAACCUGUACUCUAAGAUUCUAACACAUUCAGAUCUGAACUUGAGCAUAAAGGCGACUUUGCCGUCCGUGCCAGUAUGGACAAUGGCUUCCCGAAGCUCGUCCUCAACGUUCGUGGUAGCCGUGGCCCUUGGAAUCUGCUUCUUGAAGUUGUAGAAGAUAAAUAUUGUCUACGAAUAGAACGGAAGAAAGAUUCCUUUCCCACUUUCGAAAACGUGGUUAAGCUAAUUGAGUACUACAAGUCCCACGGUCUUCCACAUGGCCCCAAACUUCGCCGUGGCGUACCUAGACCGGACUGGUUGUUGCGACAUCAAGCCUUGAAGUACGAUGAGAAGGCAGAUCUGCUCGGAUCCGGAAACUUUUGCUCUGUUUACCGUGGAACAUUGACAAGAGUCGGUGUUUGUAAACAGGUAUGUCAACCAAUGAAAUGAUACACCAUGAUCAUGCUUACAUAGAGCAAAGUUGCUCCAUAACACAGCACAACCUUCAACAUAUUCAUUUACAGGUAGCCAUCAAGGUGUGUCAUCCAGCAGAUGAAAAGAAGCGUCAAGAAACCCACGAAGCUAUGCAGUCCAUGCUGUACGAAGCCAAAAUCAUGUCAAAGUACUUCCACGAAAACGUCAUCGAGUUUAUGGGCAUCGCAUGUGACCAUCCACCAAUUAGAAUCGUCCUCGAGUUCUGUCCAGGAGGUUCGUUAGAAGAUCACCUCAAGAAAGACACCGAAAUUCCCAAUAUUGAACUGGUCUUGUAUGCGUUUGAAGUAGGUUUAAAUAAUUUAAAUUAUGGGCACGUAUCAGUAGAUUUAGAACAAGCUUCUCAAGUUAAUUUGGUUCCUUCAGGCAGCUCGAGGAAUGCGAUACCUCCAGUCUCAGCGAUGUAUCCACCGUGACUUGGCAGCUCGAAAUUGUCUCAUCUCAGCCCAAGGAAUCAUCAAAAUCGCUGACUUUGGAUUGUCAAAAGUAGCAGAAGACUUCGUGCAACAAGAAACGGCACUGAAGCAGAUUCCACUUAGGUGGAUGGCUCCAGAAACAAUCAAGAAACCACCGGUAUACCUGGUUAACAGCGAUGUCUGGUCUUUUGGAGCUCUGAUCUACGAAUUGUUCACGUACGUCAUUCUUUCCGUAACCAUUUUUGAAUACAAAUACUAAAUUAACAGUAUUAAAUCAUACAAGAUUAAUAAGCGUAAAAAUUCAGUCACGGAGUAGCACCGUACGCUGACGAGAAAGACUUCAAAGUAAUUGCCAAGAACAUCAGAAUGGCCAACAUGCCAGACUUCCCACCCCAUACUCCACAGCCGAUUCAGACACUUGUCAAAGAAGAAAUAUGGUAAGCAAGAUACAUAUAUGUGAUAACACAAGAAGGGAUAGCUAAUAGCGCUAAACUAGCUACUUUCAUGUGAUGAUAUGUACGUUUUUAGGGUAAAAGAACCAGAAAAACGAAUCCUCUUCAAUGAGAUCGUAGUGUUCUUGUACAACUAUAUAGAACAGCACAUGGACGAGUUUGGAGACAUCAAAACAAUGGCCGUCAAUAAGAUCAAAGGAGUCAAAAGGACGUCGAUAAUGAUGGUAAGGUGAUCUUGACUGCAAUCAACUAGCAAAUUUAAAAAGAUCAUACACUGCUUUGAGAUUUUGUCUUAUAAGACGCUUUUUAUAAAACAUAAGAACGAGAUCAGACUAUGUUCAUGUUGUACUACAAGUAGUGAAAUUUCAGGGCGACAAAUCGAAAUUGUUGAAAGAAGAUGGACGACAACGUGAUACUCAACAGAAAAGCAAAAUGCGACAAGCUCGAUCAUCAUUAGAAGAUCGAGGCGGUACCAAAACUAGAACUCGUCGAGGAGUGACUUCCAAAAGCGACUACAACCGUCCUCGUCGAUCUUCAAUCAAGAAAAUUAUCAAGAACAACUCGACGGACAAGGAAAAGGAACCUCAAUCAGCAUCAGCUUGCAGCAAAGACUGUUCCACCGAUUCCAAACCAGAGCCUCCCUCAACAUCUCGGAAGAAGACCAGCAAAGAAGAAGAUGAACAGCCAAAUGAAGAUGAAGCCGACAAUGCUGAGGCGUAG